AUGAUUCACUUGACAAUAAUAAAUUUAUCUGAUGUAAACAUUUUCAAAAAUCAAACUCAUCCAACAACUACUUCAAAGUAUAGAAUCACGAAGAUAUCAGAUAACCUUUUAUCAACAACUCUUAUUAGAAUCCCAAACAAACUCAAUAUGAAAGAGAGUUAUUCAUUAAAAUGCAUCAGUGAAAAAUGUGUCAUUGAGUUGAAUGAAAAUCAGAUAAAAAACUUUUAUGGAAACUGCAUGGAAAGAUGUAUGGUUUUUCUUAAAGGCGAAACUUUUUGUGAUCAACCAAUUGAUGAUGAGAAUUUUAUGUAUCCAAUAAACUAUGCUAUAUCUGGAUUACCAUCGACUGAAGGUGGUAAAGUUCUACUUACUGGUAAUUAUUUAAGAAAUUAUGUAAAUGAUUAUUACAUAGUCGAAGGAGCUGCUAGAGGUAAAGCAUUGAAGUUUAGUGUUGAUAAAGAGAAUUUUGACCCUGAAAAUUUAACUGUAAAUUUUCCACCAGGUUAUGGAAGUUUUAUAUUUUAUCCUGAUUCUUCACAAAGUGAAUCAAAAAUGUUUAUAAACUAUGCUCCUCCUUUUAUUUCUCAAUGUUUGAAUUUUUACAAUAACCCAUCAGUUGCUCAGGUUACUAUAAAUGGAAUAAAUACACCAAUAGUUUCAAUAGAUCAUCGUUUAUUGAAACUUAAUUAUGUUACUGAUUAUUCUCAACGAUUAAAAAUAAAUAUUACCAUCGGGGAUAUUUCAUUAGAAAAUAUUUAUACAUUUGAUAUUAAACCACAACCUGUGUCGAUUAGUACAACUGUAUCAACUUCAAAAUAUAAUGGCGGUAUAAUUACAAUAAGUGGAAGUUAUAUGUCAUCUCAAACAUCAAUUACAAAUGUAUCAUUAAUCAGUAGUGAUAAUAAAAACUAUAAUUGUGAAUAUAUAUCAUCAACAACAUCUCAAAUCGUUUUUGAAAGUACAACUGAAAUAAAUUUCAAAUACGGAGUACCUCAUUUUACAUCAACAAAUUCAAUUCAAAUUGAUAAAACAAAUGAAUUUUCAAUAACUGGUAUUAACUUUGGUAAUAUUAAUGAUACAAAUGGCACAGUAAAUCUUUUACUUGAUGGAAAAGUAAAUAAUGAAAUUAUAAUUGCAUCAUUAAGUAACGAUGAAACUAAAUUAUCAUUUAAAUUACCAAAUAUAUGUGAAACAUCUGUAAAACUAUCAAUUGAAGUUAAUGGUGUUAUUUCAAAUAAUAAUAUAACAAUAACACCACAACCUACAUUUAUAUUAGCUCCAUCAAGACCAUUGACAAAUGGAUCAUCAUUACAUAUUGAUAAAUACUUUUCAUGUAAAGAUAUUAUUGUAAAACCAUCUAUUACAGUUGAUAGCUCUAAUAAUCAUAUUGACUGUACUUUAAUUUCAAAUACUGAAACAAAUUGUAAUGUUGGUGCUGGAACUGGUAAACAUUCAUUUAAAUUUUAUGUUGAUGGUAUUGAAAAAAUCAAUUCAUUAUUUGAAUAUGCACCACCAACACUUGUAUCACACAAUGUUAAUGGAUUAAAAACAAUUACAUUAACUGGUAAUAACUUUGGCAAUGAUUCAUCAAAAUGUAGUUUAACAUUUGCUAAUAAAAAUGUUACAUCUAUCAACUGUAAUGUUACAUGUACAAUUAUUAGUGAUACAAGUAUUACAUUCGAUGCAGAUUCACAAUAUGACUAUGGUAAUGUUAAUCUUAUAAUCGAUAGUAUUCCAAUGUCAAAUGAAAACUAUAAAAUAAUGUUACCAUCAAUAAUUGGAUUGGUAAAAGAUAAUAAUAUUUCAACAAGAAAUGGAACAGUGUGUAUUAGCGGUUCAAGAUUACCUGAAACUAAAUCUGGUGUCAACAAUUCAAAUAAUGUUACAAUUGAAAUCAAAUCACAUUUAAAAGAUGGUACAAAUACAUUUAAAGAUUAUAAUGUUUCAAAUAAUAUGAUUUGUGUAUUAUUAAAUGAUGGAUAUGUUGGUACAUUUGAUUUAUCAGUAUUCAUUUAUAAUGAAUUCAUUUCAAAAUAUACAAUAUCAUAUAAUAAACCAUCAUUUAAUAAUAGUUUAAUUAAUAUUAAAGAUGGUGGUAAUAAUACUUAUCAGUUUGAAGUAUAUGGUAAUGAAUUCGGUGAACCAUUUGAAAUUCAUUUUAAUACAUCAAAAGGUGAUUUAAUAAUGAAUUGUACAUUCAAUAUAUUAAUUCAACACAAUAAUAAUGAUUUAUACAAUUGUAGUUAUUCAAAAAUCAAUAUUGAUUCAAUUAAAGAUGGUAAUGAACAAUUAUACUUAAAAAUAGGUGAAUCUAAAUAUCCAAUCAACUCAACAUUAAACUUUGGAAACAAGAAAACUGAUAACAAAAGUAGUACAUUAAAGAAAGCAUUAAUUCCAACAUUUGUCGGUGGUGCUGCAUUGUGUGCUGCUGCAUUUAUUGGUUAUAAAUAUAGAGAAAAUAUAUUUAAAAAAAUUGAUAAACUAAAAAAUGGUAAAUCAAAUGUAUAA